GCAUCAUGCGACAUGAAAUCGAAAGCAAACUUGUUGAGGAAAUAACUAAAAUCUUACUUGGGAGCCAUAUUGUCCUCACCAGCUACCUGCAAACUUCUUCGUCUGACUUCAUCUGAACACUUGUGUUUCUUUACUUGUGCUGUACUUGUAGAGUCUGCUCAGCCAUGUCUAAGACUUCUGCCCUGAAGAUCAGCAGAGCGAAUGCGGAGAAGGUGGAAAGCUUCCGCCAGUCCCUGUACCAUGAGGCAGAUAAUCUGUUCUCCUACUACAUCCCCCGGAAGAUUGUGCUGCUGGAUGCUCUGCUGAAGGAUGAUGCCCUCAGUAUCACGGACAUGUCCUCACUCCAGGCUCCCCUGGACAUCCCCAUACCAGACCCUCCUUCCCCAGAGGACGAGGAAAUGGAGACGGAUAAGAAUGAAGAUGAUGAGAAGAAGAAGAAGAAAGCAGCUCCUAAAUGUGGCUUCAUCAAGGGGAAUGAGAAGAUUACGACGCUUCUAGAGAGGGUGAAACCAGAGAUCGUCGCUCUCAGAGAGACCAUCAUCACUGUCACCUGCUGGAUUCAGCACCUCAUCCCAAAAAUAGAAGAUGGAAAUGACUUUGGGGUCGCCAUCCAGGAGAAAAUCUUGGAGAGAAUCGGUGCAGUGAAAACCAAAGUGGACGGUUUUCAGACCAACAUCAACAAGUAUUUCUUAGAGAGGGGAGAUGCUGUGGGAAAAGCUUCCAAAGAGACUCAUGUGAUGGACUACCGCUCGCUGGUCCACGAGAAGGACGAGGCCAUCUACUCUGAGAUCAGAGUCAUUGUUCUCGACAUUCGCGGCUUCUACGCCGAGCUUUAUGACAUCAUCAACAAGAAUCUGGAGAAGGUGACCAAUCCAAAAGGAGAGGAGAAACCUUCCAUGUACUGAAGCUGGAGGACGGACCGAUUCACUUUCUAUUCAAUACUUCUCUCUCUGGUCAGUGAUGCUGCAUGUGCAUUACUCAUUUUUGCGUAUUCCUCUCAAAAAUAACUGGAUGAAAGCUACUAAUCUCUGCUGUUGUACGAUGACACUCUGGUUUCGGUACCGACACUUGCACUAAAUUUAAGUUGUACAACUAUGAAUUUAAAAAAAUGAAUAAAGAAAGGCUUGUUUUUGUUUCAAACUC